UAAAAAAUAAAAGGACCUCUUUUGUUGAGUUCGGGAAUUUUUCUCUUCGUUCUCCGGAGGCACCUUCCACGCUUUCUCUGCGGUUAAGCUGAACGUUCGGUUAUGUCGGAGAAAGGAGGAAAGGGUUCAUCGCUGUUAAGCAAGGGAUCCCUAAAAGGGAAAGAUGACAGUGCAACAAAAUCAUCAAAAGGAAGGAGGGUUCAGUUUUCUAAAGAAGGCCCAUUUGAAUCCGGAAUAACUAGUACUGGUUCGCCAGCAUCUGGCGGAAAAGGUGAAUUUAACAAAGGAGGAAAGGGAGACAAGGUUGCAAAUGGAAAGGCUAAUGCUUCAAAAAGCCCAUCAGACCCUGGAAUUGAUCAAAAACUUCCAGAAAAUAUCAAAUGCCUAAUGGACUGUGAGGCUGCUGAUAUCUUGCAUGGCAUUCAAGAGCAGAUGGUCAUGUUAUCUAGAGAUUCAACCAUCAAAAUCCCUAUAUCAUUUGACAAGGGGCUGCAUUAUGCCAGUAGUAAUAGCAAGUACUCAGAUUCUGAGUCGGUUAGACGUGUACUUCAGCCACUUAAGGGUCAGGGCUUCUCUGAUAAUGAGAUAUGCAUGAUUGCUAAUAUGUGCCCAGAAACUGUUGAUGAAGUUUUUGCGCUUGUCCCAUCGGUAAAGGAUAAGGGAAGCACUAGCCAAGUUCUUCAAGAUUCAUUGCAUCAGCUUUCUAAGCUUAAACAGUUUUAAGGCCAUAAUGAAAAAGGCUAGCUGGUUGCCACUAAAGAGAACUGAGAAGUAAUCCUUCUCAAAUGAAGCAUUGUACCUAUUACUUUUUGAGUGUACUAACUGAGACAAUGUAAUUUGAAACUUAAUCCAUGUUUGAAUGCCCUAGACCAUGGAUCUUGUCUUGUAUAUGGUAACAAAGGAAAACUUGGUUACACUAAGAGGCAUCAAUAUUAUGUUAGCAAAUUAUGAAUUUUACAAAAAUCAAAACUUAUUUAAGCUUAAA